AUGCCGCCGCCGUCGACCUCGCCUCCCUCGCGGCUGCCGCCGGGCUUACCCAAACCUUCGCUUCCCCCGCCUUCGGUGCCGCCCCCACAGGCGCUGUUGGGCGGCAAGCAUCAGUGCAAAUGGUGCGGCAAGGUCUUCGACUCGGGCGGGGCGCUCGGCGGCCACCGAAGCGGCAACAAAACGUGCCCCGGCUAUAGCGCACACGACAUCGGCAGCGCCGAUGGCAAUGUCGCAGUCGGGACAGGGUCGCCGGCCAGCCCUAUGAUUCCGCAGCCCUCUGAGUUGGGCAACUUCCGCCUCUCGCCCUGCGGGCGGGAGCGCCUGCCGUUGAGCUACGCGCCGCACGAGGCGCUGUCGAUCGAGUACGCACGCCGCGUGGUCGACUACGAGAGCUUGCGCGCCUUCGAGACGAGGGACGGGCGCGGCUGGGGCUUGUGCUGCGCAAAACGCCUCGCGCGGGGUGCCAUCGUCGUCGAGGCGGUGGGGCGCUGCCUGAGCGAGGCCGAGUUCGCGCAGCUCGGAAAUAAGUACGAGCACCACGAGUACGUGGUCUCCUUUGACGACGCAAUGCUCGAGAGGAAGCGGGCGGUUGGCGACGACGUUCUCUACAUCGACGCGCGGCAGCAGGGCAACAUGAUGCGGCUGUGCAACGACUCGGAGACGCCAAACCUCAAGCUCAUGUAA